ACAGCGCCCAUUGAGCGGAUCGGCAUCACAGUCUCACCUACACCUCUGCUCGGAGCCGCGACGCCCCUCCCUCUCCGAUAAAUGGGUUAAUGCUGUCACCAGGAGAAGACAAAUGAACCGAGCACACACAACAGGAGAUCCCUUUCUUCCGAACUAGCCCCUCUUCGCUCGCCGUUGCUGCUUUAUCGAUUGAGGUCGUUAAAGAAACAUUCUCCUUAAUUUGUUUUUGUGAUUCGGAAAAUAUUUGAUCUGCAAGAUUUAUUGAGACAGAGUAGCGAACUGGCGCGCCAGAUCCGUGGGCGACUGGGCAGGGAGGUGUCUGUCGGUCUGUCUGCUGCAGGAGUGAAUCAUUGCGUCGGGGCUCGGAAGAUUAGACACCCCGCUUAUCACCACUCCAACUCCCGGAGGUCUCUGAUGGUAUUUGGAGAUAGAGACGGAUAAGUGAGCCAAUUCAAAUAGAUUACAGCUAAGCUGAUAUCGUCUGUGCACCUAUCAAGUAGCCUGCCCUAUAUGAUUUUAAAUGGGGUUUUUAAAAGGCACUACAAGUCUCACUGGAGACUUGGAUCAGUGACGUUUUGGCGUUUGCCAUAUCAGGUGAUCUUGAAGAGUGAAACGAAAAUAUUCGAAGAUCAUUACAUUUUGGGGGGGAUCCCAAUCACUUCAAGAAAAUAGCUGUCUGAUAUGAGUGUUAACAGAGUCGAGUCUGGGUGACCCCCCCACCCCCCUCAAGCCUGAUAAAAACGGGUUGAAUCUUAAUUGACCGGAUCAGCGUUUUAACAGAGAGAAGAUGCCGUUCCACCACGUCAGGUCUACUCUGCUCUACACUGGAAGUCUCCUGAGCCGGACACUGUCUGAGGGGAGCGAAACCUUCCAACUCACCAGCAUCUCCACAGAGGAGCUAGGAGAGAUCCGGGAGGCGUUCCGGGUGUUGGACCGGGAUGGGAACGGGUUCAUCUCUAAGCAGGAGCUGGGCAUGGCUAUGAGAUCCCUGGGGUACAUGCCCAGUGAGGUGGAGCUGGCCAUCAUCAUGCAGAGACUAGACAUGGAUGGUGAUGGUCAGGUUGACUUUGAGGAGUUUGUGACGAUAUUGGGACCCAAACUGCUGUCGUCUGAGACCAGAGAAGGUUUCCUUGGAAGCACCAUCGAUAACAUCUUCUGGCAGUUUGACAUGCAGCAGAUGUCCCUGGACGAGCUGAAGCAGGUUCUGUUUCACGCAUUCCGAGACCACCUGACAAUGAAGGACAUCGAGAACAUCAUCAUCAACGAAGAGGAGAGCCUCAACGAGACAGGGAACUGCCCCGAGUACGAGGGAGUCCAUCCUAAGAAGAAGAACAGACAGACAUGCGUGAGGAAGAGCCUGAUCUGCGCCUUUGCCAUGGCCUUCAUCAUCAGUGUCAUGCUCAUCGCGGCCAAUCAGAUGCUGCGGAACGGCAUGGAGUAAGCCAAUCACACUGUGAGCCUGGGGAGUGGGCCUUACAGUUAUUUGACCUCAAUUUCUCUCUCUGCAGCAAAAACAGAAAGACAGACCAGCCAGAACCCAAACACCUCUGUGAAGGACAACUAUCUGUUAUUUUAAUGACGUUUGUUUUGAUUUAUAUCAUGAACAGUAAACAGACAAGAGAGUGCAAGUACUGAAGGACGCACAUGGAAAAUGUCAUUUUCAGUGGAAAAAAGACAAAUCAAAUCAAAGACACUAGGAGGAAUUUGAUGAACAGACUGGACAUGAUACAAAGCAAUCUUUUAUAUUUUGUGGGCAUAAAGGGAUUCCUUUCAUUUCUGUAUCAGAGAAGGCCACCCCUUUAAGAAUGAUUUUCUAACCACCCCUUUAAAAUAAAUGUUUGUUUUUUACCUCCUAUUUAAAAGAUCAAUUGUCUAAUCAAAAGCAAUGUAUUGAACAUGCAUCAGGUGCUUUGAGCCAUUCCUAAUUUUGAACUGAACUUUUGGUUCUGGGUUUACUUCAGGAGGGCAACAUUACCUGACUGGCGCUCCUGCUGUUUAAUGUUAUAAACUGUAUCUAAAUGUGUUAAUCUGUUCUUUUUUAUUAUUAUUCUACUAUCUUAUAUUUACAUUUUAUAGUCACUCACCUGGGGACAUUAUACCAAUGUAUUUUUACACUGUAACAGAGAUGGUUGGCGACUUGAGGACAAACUCGUGUUAGCUCCCAGAACAAACCCCUAGGCUUUAGCUCAGCUGACUUCCAUAGUCUGAAGUCACAUAGGCAUCAUUCUACACCUGACAUUCACCCACUCCCAAUGUCCCUACAGUAUAGUCGACUGUCUGUCUGUCUCUAUGUCUGUCUGUAUGCACUGCAUGUGACUCUGUGGAUAUUUAAAGGCACUGUAUGUAUGUACAGUAUUUACCGUAUGUCGUGUCACUCUACGUGUCCAUAGGGCGGUGUUCUGUGUAUGAUCAACUGUCCCCAAAGGCUUGGAACAUGAACCACCUGGCCUUCUAGGUCCAUGAAUAAUAAGGUUGUGGUCUGAAAUGUCUUUGACCAGGCCAUGUAAGAUUGCUUUUCAUUCCAGAAAGUUGUUGUUUUCUCCCCUCAUCCCACGUUCACUCGCCUUCACAGAUCUGACUGGAUGGAUGAAAGCAACAUGGUGGAAAGUCCACCUCCUAUUCAAUCUGACUGGAUGGAUGAAAGCAACAUGGUGGAAAGUCCACCUCCUAUCCAAUCUGACUGGAUGGAUGGAUGAAAGCAACAUGGUGGAAAGUCCACCUCCUAUCCAAUCUGACUGGAUGGAUGGAUGAAAGCAACAUGGUGGAAAGUCCACCUCCUAUUCAAUCUGACUGGAUGGAUGGAUGAAAGCAACAUGGUGGAAAGUCCACCUCCUAUCCAAUCUGACUGGAUGGAUGAAAGCAACAUGGUGGAAAGUCCAGCACCAAUCCAAUCUGAAGGCUUGUUUUCUUGACACCUACUGUACCAGAGCCCAUAUUCCCAAAGCAUCUCAGAGUAUGAAGACUGAUCGAGGAUCAGUUUUCCCUUUUAAAUCAUAAUCAUUAAGAUGAUAUAGACAGGGAGGUGGUGCUGAUCCUAGACUGAAUACCAGUCAGAUGUUUUAGAUCUGUGAGACGGACUAGGGGAGUGAACGAGCGAGGGCAGAGGAAGAGAAGCAACCUGUUAUGAUGAACUACACGCUCAGACCUGGACAGAUCAAAUAUUUAUACUAAAAUAUAUAUUCCAUUACUUCUACAUCAAUAUGCAUGUAGCUGCUAUUUUAGUAUUCCUUUCCUUUUAAAGGAUGAAGGUCCAAAUCAAUUCAACCUUUCCUAUGGCCUUGAUUUUAAAUGUGUGUACUGUGUGUAUGAACUACUGUCACAUUUUACUUUCAGAUUUAUACUGAAUUCUCUAUUUAUUCCAGCUAUUAAUCAAAUCAGAAUGCAGAGGGGGAAAUUUGGUCAUAAAUAUGCAAAUACAAGGUCACGUGGCCAUAAUCACCACCGAGCUGUUUCAUCUCUUUUGCACUGCUUGUCAUAGGACUGCAUGACUCACUGAGGCCUGGGGCCACGUGUAUCAAACAUCUCUGAGGAGGAGGAGAGGCUGAUCUAUGGACAGGAUGGAGCUGAUCAGUACUGCCACUCUGAAGUACAUACUGUUCUUCACACAGUAACGUGUUCAAGUCAAAGUAUAUUCGUUUGCAGAGGUCUUUUCAUUGUUGAAAUGUUUUCACUCUCAAUACCACAUGUUUAGGCUACUAUAAUGUAUAGAUAUUUUUUGGCCAUGUAGUGUAGUUCUUCACACUGAAAAUCAUCUCGCUGUCUCAGAUAUCUAAAUAUAUUUAUAUGUGAUUGCAAAGGAACAUUCUGGCCAAUUGGUAUAGUAGUCUAUUAUUGUUAUAAGCCAUUAUGGUCCGUGACACCAGCAUCUAAUCGUAAUGUGUAUCUAUAUUAGUCAUGUUUUUAAUAUUGUAAAUGUUUCUGUCAUGUCUUUUCCAACCUGGUAAAGGGGAUGUACUUGGGCUAAGAGAGAGCGUCUAUAACCAGCACUGGUGGUUUGGAGACCUGUGGUUUUGCGAUCAGUGGAGGCUGGUGGGAGGAGCUAUAGAAGGACAGGCUCAUUUUAAUGUCUGGAAUGGAAUAAAUGGAACAGAGUCAAACAUUUGGUUUGCAUAUGUUUGAUACCGUUACAUUUAUUCCAUUCAAGCCAUUACAAUGAGUCCACCCUCCUACAGCUCCUCCCACCAGCCUCCAUUGUUUGAGAUUAUAUAAAUGUCAAAAAAAUGUGUUUAUGGAUUGCACAGAGAGAAAUCUACAGAGAAAGAAAAACAGCAAUAUUAAUGAUGGUAACAUACAAAUAAAGAUAUGUAGUCUGUAUAAACAUAA